AUGAAUACCCAGCAAAAGCCCUGGAAUCUCCAUCAAGAACAACCGGACUGGAACGGUUUUGAUGGAACAGUUCAAUCUCCAAACAACGCCUCAAUUGCCGAGUCGGACGGAUCAAUCGAUAGCGACAGUGAUCUCCUAAGCCUGUUCGAACAACCAGUAUCCCCUUACUACUCGCGGAAAGAGCACUUCGACAGAGGAGGGCGUCCGUUCCCGUAUACCCGAUCCAAGACGCGGUGGCGCAAGCGUCCUAGUGACGAGAUCAAAUACCUACGAGGUCAGCUUGUUGAGCUGCAGAAACUGAAAGCCGCAUUGACCAAUCCUGACACGAAGCCGUUCCACCUGAAUGAUCCUCUCGACAACCACACCGAUAAAAAACUUAGCGCUGCACAGGCAGAGAAUCGAAACCUGCGCUCGAUGGUGGCUGCUCGUUUCCAAGUGGUGAAGGCACUCCAAGAUGCGAUCGAUGAGCACGUACGCCUCAAAGCACAAAAAGUUGACGGCACGGUGGUUCCAGCCGAGUUACUCUUCGUGUAA